AUGGGAACUGCCGUGUCCAAAAGGAAGAAUCUGAGAAACGAUGCUAUUUCGUCCGUGGCGGCAAAAGUUAGAGCAGCCAAAGCGUUUGGAGACUACUUGUCCCACACACAUCCUGAGAACUGCAACGGAUCAGAUCACUUGCUCUCUGACACCCUCAUCGGCCCAGACACAGACUCUCUGGAUCGGGUUAGCAUCCAUCACAACACCACCGGCACCACCAGCUACCCUCCUCUUCCUCCUCACCGCCUCCCCCACUCCACAUCCACCUCCACCACCAACACCACCUCCACCUCCACCCCUUCGCCCACCACCUCCGGCGACCCCGAGCCCAGCCUCGUAGCACCUCCCCUGGGCAUCCUCCAGCCGCCGCCUCCCCCUCCUCCACCGCCGGCCAAGACCUCCUCCGCCAACAGCAGCAGCAGCAAGAGGAGCCACCAACUGUGCCUGGAGCGCAGCUUCUCGGCCGAGGAGGACCACCAGAAGAGCGUGGAGCUUGCGCUGCAGCCGGCACGUGUCUACACCAUCACGGGGGAGCGAGGCAUGCUGGGUAGCGGAGGCGGUAGCAAGGAGAGCCUGGAGCUGGACGUCCUGAGAGGAGCUCCACCUCCCUCCUCCCUGUCCCCAUCCUCCGCCUCCAUCUCGGCCUCCGCGUCCUCCUCACAUCGCCACGGAGGAGGAGGAGGAGGAGGAGGAGGUAGCAGCAGCCACUAUCGUGAUAACGGAGGCGAGGGCACCAGCUCUGGGCAUGGGCAUCGCCACGGGGGCGGCAACACCACGCGCCACCACCACCACCACCUGUCCCAGGCCCCGCUGCAGAGCUCCGUGAGCGCCCACAACAUCCGCGGCUGGGGCGAGAGCAGCAAGGACGGGCACAUCGGCGGCGGGCACACCGGGCUCAGCGGGCACGGUGGCGGUGGCAUGGGCAGCUGCGGAGGGCUGGGCUGCGAGGCGUGCGGAGGGGCGGGGUCGGGCGGCCUGCCCUCGCGUAGCCAGGGGUCCCUGGACCUGGAGAGCAGCGGGCGGCUAGGAGAGGCAGGCAAGCAGCACCGCCAUCGGCUAGAGCGGAUGCAUAGUGUUGACCGCGUGACUGGGCUGGAGCGAGAAGACAACAGCUGGUUCCCCAAGGAGAACAUGUUCUCUUUCCAAACAGCCACCACCACUAUGCAGGCCCUGUCAAACUUCCGGAAGCAUUUGCGAAUGGUGGGAAGCAGAAGAAUGAAAGCACAGACCUUUGCUGAGCGCAGAGCGAAGAGCUUCAACCGCUCCUGGAGCGACCCCACCCCAGUCAAGCAAGACAACCCUAGCCAAUCACCAGACAGUGGUGAUGUGCAGGCGUCGUGUGCCGCUCCUGAGGAGGCUGCGUGUGAGGACAUGGACUGGGAAGAGGAGAGGGAGAUGGAGAGGCUGGCCUGCGAAGGGAACGACUUCAUACCACCUAAAGUCAUACUCAUCUCCUCCAAGGUGCCCAAGGCGGAGUACGUCCCCAACAUCAUCCGCAGAGACGACCCAUCUAUCAUCCCCAUCCUCUACGACCAUGAGCAUGCCACCUUUGAUGAUAUUCUGGAGGAGAUCGAUAAGAGACUGACAGCCUACAGGAGAGGCUCCAAGAUCUGGCAGAUGCUCAUCUUCUGUCAGGGAGGACCAGGCCAUCUGUAUCUGCUGAAGAAUAAAGUGGCCACGUUCGCCAAGGUGGAGAAGGAGGAAGACAUGAGCCAGUUCUGGAGGCGCCUGAGCCGUUUCAUGAGCAAGAUAAACCCGGAACCCAACCUCAUCCACGUCAUGGGCUGCUACGUGCUGGGCAACCCCAAUGGAGAGAAGCUGUUCCACAAGCUGAAGACCCUGAUGAGGCCCUGCUCCGUCACCUUCCACUCGCCCCUCGAGCUCUCCUCACAGGGUAAGGAGAUGAUCGAGAUGUACUUCGACUUCCGCCUGUUCCGCCUGUGGAAGACGCGCCAGCAUUCCAAACAUCUUGACUAUGAGGACCUGUGA